CACCCCGGCAGUCUGAGAAGGAGCGGCUUGCUCUGUGACUCGGAAGUGCUUCUUUCGGUAGCAAAGAAAGGAGAGUACAGAGAUUGCUGGGGUUUUGAGGCGGCGGCCGCUCACUGUCCUCAGCAUGCAGCGAUUACUCUUUCCGCCCUUGAAGGCCUUGAUGGAGAGCCCAUGCCUCCGACUCCUGGUUCCAAGGGCGGCGCCUAGAACGCAGUGUGGUUGCACCUGUGGGAUCAGGCACCCCUUGAGGCCAGGGCAGUGCAGCACCAUCUCUGAAGUAGCUUUACAGUCUGGAAGGGGUACAGUGUCCCUUCCCUCAAAGGCUGCUGAGCGGGUGGUGGGCCGAUGGCUCCUGGUCUGCAGUGGAACAGUGGCUGGAGCAGUUAUUCUUGGUGGAGUAACUAGGUUGACAGAGUCUGGCCUCUCAAUGGUAGAUUGGCAUUUAAUAAAGGAGAUGAAGCCACCAACAAGCCAAGAGGAAUGGGAAGCAGAAUUCCAAAAAUACCAGCAAUUUCCAGAAUUUAAAAUCUUGAAUCAUGAUAUGACAUUGGCAGAAUUCAAGUUCAUCUGGUACAUGGAGUACUCACACCGAAUGUGGGGUCGCCUUGUAGGCCUCGCGUACAUCCUGCCUGCUGCCUACUUUUGGAGAAAGGGCUGGCUCAGCCGCAGCAUGAAAGGACGUGUUCUUGCCCUCUGUGGGUUAGUGUGCUUCCAGGGUCUUUUGGGAUGGUAUAUGGUGAAAAGUGGAUUAGAAGAAAAACCAGAUUCUCAUGACAUCCCUCGGGUCAGUCAGUACCGCCUCGCUGCCCACCUUGGAUCAGCCCUUGUUCUUUAUUGCGCCAGCUUGUGGACCUCGCUCUCGCUGCUGCUUCCUCAGCACAAGUUGCCUGAAACCCGUCAACUCCUGUGGUUGAGACGAUUUGCUCAUGGAACAACAGGCCUCGUGUUCCUUACAGCUCUCUCAGGGGCUUUUGUAGCAGGACUGGAUGCCGGCCUUGUUUACAACUCCUUCCCCAAGAUGGGAGAAUCUUGGAUCCCAGAGGACCUCUUUACCUUCUCCCCCAUCCUGAGGAAUGUUUUUGAGAAUCCCACUAUGGUGCAAUUUGAUCACCGGAUUCUGGGAAUCACUUCAGUUACUGCUGUGACAGCGCUCUACUUUCUGUCCCGGAGAAUCCCCCUUCCUCGAAGGACCAAGAUGGCAGCAGUGACUCUGCUGGCUUUGGCAUACACACAGGUGGGCUUGGGCAUUAGCACUCUGCUAAUGUACGUGCCAACUCCUUUGGCUGCCACUCACCAGUCGGGCUCCUUGGCUCUGCUCAGUGUUGCCCUUUGGCUCAUGAAUGAACUCCGAAGAGUCCCAAAAUAAUUCGAAGAGGAUCGGCUGCAUAGGACUGAAACUGUGCUAAGAGAGCACAAGAAACUGGGUUUUGCUAAGAGGGAGGAGCUUGGCAUAUCAAGUGGUUUCCAAAUUUGUUAAGUUUUAAAAAUGUUUUUGCCUGUCUUUGAAACAGUCACUGGAUCAAGAAUGUCAUUAGGUAUGGUUACACUGAAGGUUCCUUUUUAAAUAUUAUUUUUGGUGUUGAAAAUUGGGUUUAAUAUAGAUGAAAAAAUAUUUGCUGCUUCCUGGUAGGUUUCUGUUGCAGAUUUCAGGUGUUGGCAAGCUCUUGGUUCUUACAUGCAUCAUCUGUCCCAACCUCCUGAGACCUGAAUUCUGCCUAAAUAGAAACUCUUUAUGUCUUCACUUCUGUCAGCGGAAAAUUCAAAGGGAAAGAUUGGCACUCCCUGAAGUAACCAGAUAGGCUUCUAAGCAAGAAAUAGCUACUGUAUUCUGAUAUCCUGACUUUGAUAAAUGAAGUAGAUUUUGACAAGCUUCGUAUCUGUGUGCAGCAAAGUGGUUUAUAGGUACUUAGAGAAAAGGAAGGAAUCACUAGUAACCCACUCAGAUUCAUUAAGCUCUAACCUACAUAGUGCUGUUACAUUGCUAGUUCAAAUGAAUGGGAUAGCAUAAAUCAGUUCCUGAAAGGGUUUCCUCAUGGAUGAAAAAAAUGUGGCCUUAAUGGGGGGACAUGGACAGUUUAAACACUUGUUGACUAAUGGAUUGCUGUGAUUUUGGUCUCUACUGAUAUUUCACAGGACUCUCUUAUUCAACCUUCUUUUAAUCAGUGUCUGAAUGAAGGCAUCAACUCAGAUUUGAGUACGGAGCAACCAAACGUUGCUAAUAUUAUAGAUGGCAGUCACAGCUCAAAACUAUCCCAGACAAGACAUGAUCAAGAUGAAAUUAAUUAUAAAUAUAACAUCUUCAUUUCAAUUAAGUAGGUUGUAUAAGUUUGGGGUGGAGAAACCUAGCUUCAUAUCAUUUCAUAUAAAAAAGACAGGGAUUUCUUUUGGCCACAUACUCAGCACAUACUCAGCACCAACAAUGUGAAGUCAAACCAACAAUGUGAUGACUUCAAUAAAAGUUAGUGCUGGUUCAGAUUUUAUCAAUAUAAAUGUCACAGCU